UAAGCAAGAUUAUUAUUAAUAAAUACACACACAACAUCAAGCGAAGGAAGCCGAGGAGAAGAAAUACCCAAAAGAGCAAGAAUGGAUCCCGAUAAGCCAACGGUUUGUGUUCUUGAUGCGUCAACCUAUGUGGGUUUCUGGAUUCUCAAAGGACUUUUGAGUAGAGGGUACACGGUUCGUGCAGCAAUUCAGAAAAAGGGAGGAGAGACAGAAAUGGAGAAGAAAAUUAAGGAGUUGGAGAGGGUGGAAGAGAAAUUGGAGGUAUUCACUGUGGAUAUGCUGGAUUACCAUAGCAUUCUUGUUGCUUUGAAGGGCUGUUCUGCUUUGUUCUGUUGUUUGGAUUGUUCGGAUGGGUAUGAUGAUAAAAUUGUGGAUUUCGAAGUGAGAGGAGCAAUCAAUGUGGUUGAGGCAUGUGCUCAAACAUAUAGUAUGCACAAGAUCGUCUUCAGUUCAUCCUUAACUGCAGCAAUAUGGAGGGAGAAUAUUGGUUCAACAAAGGAUGUGGAUGAGAGGUGUUGGAGUGAUGAAGAAUUCUGCAGGAGAAAGAAGUUAUGGCAUGCCCUGGCCAAGACACUUUCUGAGAAGGCUGCUUGGGCUCUAGCCAUGGAUCGUAUGCUAAACAUGGUUUCUGUUAAUGCUGGACUAGUUCUUGGUCCUGGUGUUGCUCAGCAAAACCCUGGAUCAACGAUGUCUUAUCUUAAAGGAGCUGCUCAAAUGUAUGAAAAUGGAGUUCUAGCUUUUGUCAAUGUAAGCUUCUUGGCAGACGUCCAUAUCCGAGCUUUUGAGGACCAGUCCACGACUGGAAGAUAUUUCUGCUUCAACCAGAUAGUGAAGACUGAGGAAGAAGCUAUCACACUUGCAAAAAGCUUAAGCCCUUUGUUAUCCUUACCACCCAGGUAUGAAUGCCAAGGGAGUGAAGAGGUCUAUGCUGAGAGGUUGAGGACCACAAAGCUGAACAAACUAAUAGAGGGCACUGCAUGUUAGUAGUAAAGACAGGAUUCUUCCCUUGUAUCAAUUUCCCCUCAAUAUACUACAUUGAUGCAUAUAUGGUUGUAAAGAAAAUGGGUUGAUCUUUUCUCCCCGUAAUUCGUUUGCCAUAAUAUAGUUUGGUUCUAAUUGUCAAUCAAUAUUCCAAAAUUUGGUCCUUGAGAUUGAUCGCUGAUGAUCAAUUCAUAUAUUUAAUAAAGAUCAAGAACUCGG